AGCUGAAGCAUUCGGACACAUUUUACUGACGCACCGCUCCGGCUUCCUCCUCAUUUCAGCAGUCAGGUGUACUUACUGCGCUUCUCUGCGUCUUGUAAACACUAGGUACAUUAUACAUUUGCGUGGAUGUUUUGGUGUCAGUAAAGUGCUGCUCAUCUGAAGUCAAGAAACAGUCAGUUUUUUCCGUCAUUCACAUAAGUUAACGUUAACAUUUUGUUCAUUGAUUCAUUGAUGUCUCUACUUGUCAUGUGGUAUGUCAUCAUAGUGCAAGGUAUUUUUUAGGACAUAUCUGGAUUGAUGCCCGGCAGGUUAAGAUGGAACUGUCUGAAUCUAUCGCACACAAGAACGGGAGGCAGCGGAAGCCUAUGGUGUCCAACUCAGAUAUGGGUGAAAGGGAAUCCAAGCUAGAAGUGGAGGAUGACGAGGAGGGUCUUCUGCCAAACUCUGAUGGACAAAUGAAAGCAAGUCACGGAAUUAAAGGAGAACUGGGCAAUGUGGCCCUGUUAUUGUUUUUGUAUGUGCUUCAGGGCAUUCCCUUGGGCUUGGCCGGGAGCAUCCCUCUCAUCAUGCAGAGUAAGAGCGUUAGCUACAAGGACCAGGCCUAUUUCAGUUUUGUCUUUUGGCCCUUCAGUCUAAAGCUGUUCUGGGCUCCCCUGGUGGACUCGCUGUACCUGCGGCAGUUUGGCAGGAGGAAGUCGUGGCUGGUGCCCACUCAGUACCUGCUGGGUCUUUUUAUGCUUUACCUGUCAGUCUCGGUUGAUGCAAUGCUUCAGACAGAUGGACAGAGGGGGCCGGAUGUGAUCACUCUGACCGCAGUCUUCUUCAUGCUGGCUUUCCUCGCAGCCACGCAAGAUAUUGCCGUUGAUGGCUGGGCUUUGACUAUGCUGUCCAGGGAGAAUGUGGGUUAUGCUUCCACUUGUAACUCGGUGGGUCAGACGGCUGGAUACUUCCUAGGAAAUGUGUUGUUUCUUGCUCUGGAGUCUGCUGAUUUCUGCAACAAGUAUCUGAGGUUUGAGCCUCAGGAACGGGGCAUUGUAACACUCUCAGAUUUCUUGUUUUUCUGGGGCAUUGUGUUCAUGGUAUCUACCACCGUGGUUGCUAUCUUGAAAAAGGAAAACAUCAAACACCAUCAUGCUAAGAAGAAGCCUAAAGAGGAGACACAGAGUGUUAUGGAGACCUACAAACUUUUGAUCUCCAUAAUUAAAAUGCCCACUGUCUUUACCUUCUGUGCCCUUCUGCUGACUGCUAAGAUCGGUUUCUCUGCAGCUGAUGCCGUGACGGGGCUGAAGCUAGUGGAAGCUGGGGUUCCUAAAGAGCAGCUGGCUCUAUUGGCAGUUCCCAUGGUGCCUCUGCAAAUCUUGCUGCCUGUAGUUAUUAGUAAAUACACAGCUGGGCCACGGCCACUUGACGUUUUUUACAAAGCUUUCCCAUUCAGGCUGCUGAUUGGUUUGGAGUAUGCCCUGCUGGUUUGGUGGACCCCAAGUGUUCGGCAGGAGGAAGGCUUCCCAGUGUAUUAUUAUGCUGUUGUGCUGCUGAGCUAUGCAGUACAUCAGGUGGCACUAUACAGCAUGUAUGUUGCCUGCAUGGCCUUUCACGCCAAGGUCAGUGACCCCAUGAUAGGGGGCACCUACAUGACCCUUCUGAACACUGUGACUAAUCUAGGAGGGAACUGGCCCUCUACUCUAGCUCUAUGGCUGGUAGACCCUCUCACCUUUAAAGAGUGCCAGGGAGCCCCAGGACAGACGUGCGGCUCGGUUGAAGAAGCAGGGCUCUGUGUCAGAGAGGGUGGUACGUGUGUGACAACGUUGGACGGUUACUACGUUGAGUCUGUGGUGUGUGUUCUGUUCGGUCUCUGCUGGUGGAUCUUCUUCGGGAAAAAAAUGAAGCGGUUACAGGAAGAGAGCCCCUCUGCGUGGCAUUGCAGGGUUGCCAAAUAACACCAUCUCUACUGGACUGUCUCUUGUUGUAAAGUUACUUCAUGCCUUGCCCUCUCUUUCCUUCUCUGAGUUACUACUUAUUUUUGACGUGCUACAGCAGGCCUGUAGACAGGCUUAAACACUUUGAGGACUGAAAUAGUAAAAUAUACUGUACUAUUAAAUUCUUAGCAUAUCUGUUCCAUUAUUCCCAGUAACCAGAGCUUUUAUGUCAAAUUGAAAUCUGUACAUGUAGAGAUGGCACUAGCUUAUGUGUGAAGUACAUGAUACACGGUAAUGGCAUGACAUUCACUGCUCUGAUGCCUGUUUAAUCAAGCAUUUGUCUGAGAAAUACUUGAGUUCCUGUGCCUUUAUGUUUCUAAUAUCAUACAAUUUUUUUUUCCCAAAAGACUGGGUCUUUUGAUAUCAUACAUGACAUGUAUGAUGCUGCAAAAUUCACGUUUCAGCUUUUAUGCUUUUUCUCCAGAAAGACUUUAUUCUAAUUGAGCUCUUCAGGUGGAAUGCAAAUAUUUAUGCAGUAUAGACCAAAAUUGUCUCAUCAGUCACAUAAUUGUGAAUGAAACUGGUUGUAGUACGAUUGAAAUUGAUUAUAGAGGUAAACUGGUUAUAUAUAUGUUUGUUAUUGGUUUCUGUUACCUUAAAUGACCUAAGUAUCAAUAUAAAAGGCAAGUGAAGAACGUGAACUAUAACUAAGGCCAGGAAAAAAAUGAUAUUGACAAAGACUAUAUUUACUUUUUUAUUUUAUUUUUUAUUUUUAUGGCCAGUGAUUUUAAAGAAGUUUGAAUGUGUGACUGAACGUGCUAUUCAUGAAACCAGCUUUGUCUUUUAAGACAACUAAUUUUGUUAGCGCUACCUAAAUCCAUGUCAACAAAGUUAAUCAUUAGAAUUUCUAUGAAUGAUUUAGACUUUUCAGGAGUUGAGAGGAAAACCUAGAAUUUACAACUGUAAUAUUUGUUAUUGGUUGACUGGGAUAUUUUUACAAUCACCAGCACUUUUACUCAAACUUGAUUUUCACUGAUGACUUGGGAAAAUUUAAAGAGAUCGUUCACCUAAAACGGACAAUUCUGUAAUCAGUUAGUCAUCUUCAUUCUUCAAAACUGUAUGAAUUUCUUUAAUAAACACCAAAGAGGGGACAAACCGGCAACUGUUUGUUUCUUAACAUUCUUCAAAAUAUCAUCUUUUGUGUUCAACAGAAGAAAAAAGAAAAAAAAAAAAAACCUCAUACAGGUUUGAAACAUCUUGAAGUUCAGUAAAUGAUGACAGAAUUUUCAUUUUUGCGUGAAUUAUUGUAUCACUUUAAGCACUGACAGCCUCAGUCUCCAUUUAUUUUUACAUCACUUUUUUAUGAAAGUGAACAAUGAUUAAGGCUAUCAUUCUGACACUUUUUUGGGGGAUUUGAAAGAACAUGGACUGAAUGGCAUAAUUUUCUUUUUUGUAAACUAUCCCUGUAAAAUACUGUACUGUAUGGCUAAAUAUUUUACCUGCUGUAAAAUUUUACUCAUGCAAAUUUCUUUAUAUUUGUAAUCUUCGUUAAGUGUUCACUUUAAUUUGUUUUGUCAUAUAGGCUUACGGGGAGAGAAGUUUGAGGAGAGGGUACAGCUGCAGUGUGACUUUGGAUCUUUGUAAAUACUUGUAAACUGUUCCAAGGAACGUUUUUAUCAACAUUCCCAAACUAUGUAAAAAAAAAAAAAAAAAUGCAUAUCUUAUAUACAAAUAAAUUAAAGGAAAUCUGA